ACUAAAAAAAGAAGCAAAUUAUAAACAACUCCACUCAAUCACACAUAAAACGUUGACACGCGCAUUUUCACGUAAACAAAAUGCUCCAAAAUCUCGCAGCCUCUAUCACCACCACCACCACCGCAAAUUCAACACGUCUCCUCCUAAUCUCCUCCUCCACCACCUCUCCUUCUCUAUCCAAACCCUUCAUUUCUCUCUCUAAAAAAUCCCACCUCUCUCUCUCUAAACCCUCCACUUUCCCCCACAAUUCAAACCCCACCUCUUACUACCGUCCUCCGAUGAACAACAUCCUCAACAAACUCGGGUUCGGAACCAGGUCACCCGACCCAUCAACCAUGGACCCCACAAUCCCCCAAGGCCCAGACGACGACGUACCGGCACCUGGGCAACAGUUCAGUCAAUUUGGGGCAGGGUGUUUUUGGGGAGUUGAAUUGGCGUUCCAGAGAGUUCCGGGUGUUACGAAAACUGAGGCGGGUUAUUCGCAGGGGCUGUUGCAUAAUCCUUCUUAUGAAGAUAUUUGUACUGGGACUACUAUGCAUAAUGAGGUGGUUAGAGUUCAGUAUGAUCCUAAAGAGUGUAGCUAUGAGAAUCUUCUUGAUCUUUUUUGGUCUCGACAUGAUCCUACUACCUUGAAUCGCCAGAGCAAUGAUGUGGGAACACAGUACAGAUCUGGAAUAUACUAUUACACCCCAGAACAGGAGCAGGCAGCACGUGAGUCCAUGGAGCGACACCAGAAGCUCUUGAACAGACCGAUAGUUACUGAGAUUUUACCUGCAAAGAAAUUCUACCGUGCUGAAGAAUAUCAUCAGCAAUAUCUUGCAAAAGGAGGCCGUUUUGGGUUUAAGCAAUCGACUGAGAAAGGCUGCAAUGAUCCCAUCAGAUGCUACGGCUAAAUUUCCUGCCAGUUUAAUCUAUGUUAAUAUCACAAAGUUUCUAUGUACUAUGCCAGGGUAAGCAUGUCUUGUGAUGAAUUUAAUAAUUCCUUGUGUAUGCGUUUUACAAUUUGUGUAAAGGUUUGCCUCUGCGGAUUAGUUGGUACAUAUGAAUCAAAGUUUUAUGGGUUUUUUUAACAA